AUGUUGGCCUUCGUCGUGGGCCUUCUCGGCCUCGAACUUUUCCUGACAAGCGUUGCCGUCUCUUUCACAAGCCGAGACUCUCUGAUCCGAUUCGCUAUCCUGCCCGUCAUUGUCCUGGCGACGUAUCAGGUCAUGGCCAUUUGCGCAUCCGGAAAACUCGCUUCCUCCGUCGCCCGCGCCGUCCUCGGAUCCGGGAGCGUCUAUAGAGUUAUCCACUAUGUUGGCAUAGUUCUUCUCGACGGCUGGACAUUCAACGCCAAGGGCCCAACCUCUUCCCUAGGUGGACUGGUACCGGCGGCUGAGCCUAGCGAGAAGACAGUCCAUUGGUCGUGGGGAAGCAUCGGCGAGAGACUCCGGUUCGGCAUCAGGGUCAGCACGACGACGCGAUUCUCGACUACAAGAUGGAGCGUUAGGUACGUCCCGCCGUUCGACAACGCGAAGCCGGGUUUCGUGCCCAGCCGCUCCGAGUUUCUCUGGCGCAGGCCUGUCCAGGUUGGCGUGCUGGGGUGCAUGUUGAGCGUCACGGGCUGGUUCGCGCAGAAGCUGUUCAGAGAACAGGCCACUAUGUUCUGGAAAAGACACAUCCCAAUCUUUUCUCGCAUCCCAGAGGUCACCCUGGCGGAGCUGGGCAUCAGGGUGGUGGGCGUACUCGCUUACUGGACGAUGCAGUACCUGAGUCUCUCGUUCCUGUACGGCUUCUUAUCCGUCGUCAUGGUCGCAAUCGGCCUGUCCGACGUGGAGGAAUGGCCGCCCGUGUUUGGUCCGCUUGGUGAGGCAUGGUCGAUUGCGCAAUUUUGGGGGUGCUUCUAUCAUCAAAACAUUCGCCGCGGCUGCAGCGGCAUUGCUCAUUUCCUCACCUACCACUGUCUUCGUCUCAGCGAAAACAGUAUGGUAGGAAGAUACACGUUCAUAACAUGCGUUUUCGCCAUCUCUGGCGUUUUCCACCUUCUCUCCGACUUGGCGCGUGGUAUCCCAAAGUACGAAAGCAACGCUAUGCACUUUUUCCUGGUGCAACCCCUGGGGAUCUGUCUGGAACGGAUCGUGCAGUCACUCUAUAGUAGAUUGGCGCCUUCAAAGACGGACUCUAGCAAGUUAAGGGCGAGCCCUAAUCGGUUUGGCUGCCUUGUUGGUUAUGGCUGGGUUCUGUUCUGGAUUGUGUGGACGAGCCCUGUAUGGAUAUUUACGUCUAUGAAGGCUUAG